CGGAGCGCUGUCCGCCGCUUUGUCCCCGCUCAUGUCCCGGUUCAUGUCCCGCUUGUAAAAGACAUGUGUUCUAACCCCGGUAAGGAACAUACGUGUGUGUCACAACGCGUCACUCCAUGAGCACCUCCACCGUCUCAUCGCAUGUCAGUGGCGUCGCACAGCUUCUUCUCCGCGGGCUCGAGCACUGGACCAGCGGGCUGCACCGUCACACGCAGCACCGGGGGUUCGAGCUCCGGCUCAUGAGUUUUUACGUGAAAAGUGAAGUGCGUACAUCGAGGGGAAGGAGUGAGAUUCAAACAUGGACGCCUGGAGGUGGAGGAGGAGGAGGAGGGCAGACAUGGCGGCGAUGAUCCGAGUCUCAGCCGCUGGAGACAUUUUAGCUGACUCCUCUGCUCGGGGGGCGGGGCUCCUCCACCGCACGUCAAUCAAUCAAAGUGACAGUUCGUCAAACCGCGCGCGGCUCGGUGCGAACUCGACUCUCUCGGUUCCCCGCGGCUGGUGGGAGCGGGGAGGAGCGGGGGGCACCGGCCCGGCCCCGCUGGUCUGACCGGGGACCAGAUCUUUGUUUCUGUAGGAAAGGAUGAGGAGCAGCGGCGAGGAGGAGGAGGAGGGGGCGUGGCUCCGGCUGUGGAAACCGUCCAUUGUUCCACUCCGACGCGCCAAAGACUACACCUCUGUGGAGCCCGCAGCCAAUCAGCGGCCGCCCACCUCCUCGACGCCCCGCCCCGCAGCCUAUAUUAAGGUGUCGGCCCGGAGCAGCGCGAGCCAGUGGCACAAUAAGCAGGAGCGCGCAGAGCGAGAACCUCCUCAUCAGAACAUCACGGAACAAUGGCCGACACCAAACUCGACUCCGGCUCCGACCUCUCUGUCAAGGACCUGAAGGAGAAGAAGCUGGUGGAGGAGAAGGAGAAUGGCAAAGAUGCUGCCACCAACGGGAAGGAGAAGGAGGAGAAUGGUGAACCUGAGCUAGAUGAUGAAGAGGAUGAGGAGGUGGACGAGGAAGACGAGGAAGAUGAUGUAGAAGGUGACGAGGAAGACGAGGAGGACGAUGAAGACGAGGCUGAGGGCGGCACAAAGCGGGCAGCAGAGGACGACGAUGAUGAAGAUGAUGAUGAGGAUGACGUCGAGACCAAGAAGCAGAAAACAGACGAUGACGACUGAUGCGUUUCCGACUUCCUGCUGAACACCUCCCAGGUUCUUGACCUCUGGCUGUUUAGAGGUCACAGGUCGAGGGGCUGGACGACGCAUUUAAAGGAAAAUAAUAAUAAAAAAUUCCAACAUGGUCAUUAGCAAGUAGAGUUCAACAAGCACCCACCACGUCCCAGUCGAGCCUCCCAUCAAAGCUGCACAUUUUCUAGAAGAACCACAUCGACGCAGAAAUCAGGCUUAACAACAACAACAACAUGAAAGAAGAAUUUGUUUGUAUUUUUAUUUACAUUUUAUAUUUUUGUACAUAUUGUUAGGAAGGGGGGUCAGUUUCUCUCUCGGCAGCGACCUCGUCAGACCAAAUCGGUGCUUCUUAAACGAUAAGAUUUUACUUGGUUACGAAACCUCGACCGAUUUGUAAGAAGCUAAACACGUGACAGAAACCUCUUAAGCCGUUGAACUCAGAGCAUUCCAGUAAAUUUAAUGUAUGUACUUUAGCUGUACCAUAACUAGUUUGUAUGGGGGGGGUAAGGCCAAAGAGAAGAGCCUCUUUUCUUUUCCUUUUGUUUUAUGACGGCCUGUUUUGAUGUAUGUGUGAAGUUUGUUGUUUGACAAUAAACCGGACUUUUAUUUUGUGAGUUGUA